GAUAUAGUCCUAUCUCAUAAAGACAUAAGAAAGAGCUGCUAAAAGUGCUAAACGUUUAACAAAAUAUUUUUUUAAACAUUAAAUCAUAAGAAACAAAAAUGGCUAAAAUAAAAAUAGAAAAUGCAACAAGCGAAUUACGGCUUGGGAACGUUGAAAAUUCACGAAUAUCAGAGAACAAAACAAGAAAUGAAGAAGUGGAUUACGAUGACUUAUUAUCAUCGGCUGGUGAAUUUGGACGCUAUCAAAUAAUUUUGUUUUUCUCUACAUUUCCAUUCUACGUAUUUGGUGUUUUCGUGUAUUAUUCACAACUGUUUAUGACUGAUGUAUCACCGAACCAUUGGUGUUGGAUUCCCGAGUUAGAGAAUUUAACAGCUCUUGAACGUAGAACUUUGGCUAUACCUUCGGAUAUUGAUGCACAUUUUGGAUAUUCGCAGUGUCAAGCAUAUAAAGUUAAUUGGACUGAAGUAUUAUUAAAUGAGGUAACACCUAAUGAAACAUGGGAUACUGUACCGUGUCAACACGGGUGGGAGUUCAACAAAAGUGAAAUACCAUAUCCCACAAUAUCAAGUGAUCUUGGUUGGGUCUGUGAUAAAAACAGCUAUCAAGCGACAGCUCAAGCAAUAUUCUUCCUUGGAUCUAUCACUGGAGGUUUUAUUGUCGGAUGGAUUGCUGAUCGUUUCGGUAGAUUACCAGCAAUCGUCAGUAGUAAUUUAUUGGGAUGCAUCGGCGGCAUUAUAAGCAUGUUCGCGACAAAUUUGAUCGAGUUCUCCUUAUCUAGAUUUGUUAUGGGAAUGGCGUAUGAUAAUUGCAUGAUGAUGGCUUACUUAAUAGUACUGGAGUAUGUUGCGCCAAAGUAUAGGAGCUAUGUAUCGAAUAUGGCAUUCGCUCUCUUUUAUGGUUCAGCUGCUACAGCUUUACCAUGGAUAGUCUUACUUUGUGGUCACUGGAAGACCAUAGCUUUGGUAACAAGUUUGCCGAUGGCGUUAGCUAUCUUGGCUCCAUUUUUUAUACCAGAGAGUCCAAGAUGGUUACUAUCAAAAGGACGCAUUGACGACGCCAUUAAAAAAGUUCUUACAAUAGGACGAAUUAAUAAGAAAGAAAUUUCACAAAAAUUAAUAGAGCAGUUUAAAAAUUCUGCCUCGAAGAUAACAGUAGAAAAAAGUGAUAGCAAUUUAGAAAUAUUAAAGAGGCCUUUACUCAGACGUAUGUUUAUUUGUAUCUGUGUAGAAUAUAUGUGUUGUACGAUAGUAUUUGACGGUCUAGUGAGAAGUCUUAAACAGUUAGAAUUCGAUUACUUCCUGACAUUUUCAUUGGUCUCAUUUACUGAGUUUCCAUCUUCCGUUUUAACAGCCUUCGUAAUGGACUGGAUGGGAAGAAGAUGGCUUUCCUCAAUUGUUAUGUUUAUAAGUUUUAUUUUUUCAAUACUGACAGUUUUCACCAGUGGAUUAACAUCGGUAUUGUUCGCUGUUAUAGCCAGAUUCGCAGUUAAUAUAUCGUACAGCGCUGCUAUGCAGUGGGCUGCGGAAAUGAUGCCUGUUACAGUUAGAGGAUCUGCUGUCUCGAUAGUCCACAUUUGCGGAUAUGUUGCCACUGUAAUAUCUCCAUACAUUAUUUAUUUAGAAACAUACAUAUACUGGUUACCUUUGAUCUUGAUUGGCUGUAUAGCUGGUUUUGGCGGAGUUCUUGCUUUGGUCCUACCGGAAACCGCAGGAAAAGACAUGCCUCAAACAUUUGAAGAUGCUGAAGAUUUGGUAAGAUCCUUAAGAUUUUGGGAGGUACCGUUCUUACAAACGUCAAAGAAAAAUAGUGCCGAGGGAAAUAUAAAUGAGAGUUUUGAGAUAUCAAAUAAAAUUAUUAAAAGAGUUGAAGCAAUUUUCAAGAGUAGAACAACACACACGAGACAUGAAAAUCAGAACAGAAAGCCUGAAGAAUUUUUAGACACCCUCAAACAGACUUUAGCACUGAAAGUUCAUCGACUCAGGAGAUAUAAGAAAGCAAUGCAAAGGAAAAGGGACAACAUAAUAUUUGAAACUAACGAAAAAUUAUUUUAUAAAAACUUGCAUAAAUUAGAAACUAACAUGAUUGCUGAAGAAAACUUAGAAUUACCAACACAAACGCAAUUAGAAACAUUUUGGUCUAACAUUUGGGAAGAACAAAUACACUACAAUGACAAAGCUGAUUGGAUAGAGGAAGAAAAGAAAAUGUGGAAUACUAUUGAAGAAAUGGAGUUUAAUGAAAUAAAAGAGAUUGAUAUCGCAGACAUUACGAGAAAACUUCAUAAUUGGAAAUCACCUGAUAAAGAAAUGAAAAAGCUUUUAGAAGUCACUACAAAUUUUAGUAAAGAUAUUAACAUGAAAUUUGGACUAGAAAAGUGUAAAACAGUACAUAUUAUUAGAGAUAAGGUACAACUCGGCAACUACACAAUCGAUGAUAACAAUACAAUUACAGCUUUAGAGCCAAACGAAGUAUAUAGGUGGUCAAAAACUGAUAUAGAACUAAUAGAAAGAACUACUCGAACCAUACUUACGAAACAUAACAACUUGCAUCCUAAAUCUGCUAUAGAAAGACUUACUAUUAAACGACAGAACGGAGGCAGAGGUCUAAUAGAUAUAAGUCACAUGUGGCAAAAACAAAUAACAGGACUAAGAACCUUCUUUCGUUCAAAAUCUAACACUGGUACUUUACACAAAGCAAUCGUCCAAAAUGACCAAAAUUACACUCCCCUAAACCUAAAUAAUCAAACAAAUACAGAAAUUUCUACAAUUAGUGAACUGCAAAAUAAAAAAAUAGAAAAUUGGAAGAAAAAAACACUACAUGGAAGGCACCCUCAUGAUCUAGAACAAACACAUAUAGACAAAACGGCAUCGAAUCAAUGGCUGAAAAUAGGCAAUUUAUUCCCAGAAACAGAAGGGUUCUUAAUUGCAAUACAAGAUCAAAUCAUAAACACCAAAAAUUACAGAAAAUUUAUUAUUAAAGAUCCAACCAUAUCUAAUGAUAAGUGUCGCAAAUGCCAUAUUCAGCCUGAAACAAUUCAACAUAUAACAGGGGCAUGUGUAAGUCUUACACAAACUGAUUACACACACCGACAUAAUCAGAUAGUCAACAUCAUUCACCAAACCCUAGCACAGAAACACAAGCUUAUUGAAGACACAAACACUCCAUAUUAUAAAUAUACCCCACAAACCGUGCUGGAAAAUUUAACAUGUAAAGUAUAUUAUGAUCGAGCCAUACUUACCGACAGGACCAUCCAUUAUAAUAGACCGGAUAUUACCCUACAAGACAAAAUAAAUAAAAUAACUUACCUUAUUGAUAUCGCAAUUCCCAAUACACACAAUCUCCAAAAAACAAUAGCUGAGAAGAUUAACAAAUACGCUGAACUUAAAGAUGAAAUCACAAGAAUCUGGAAACAGGAAAAAGUUUACAUAGUACCGAUAGUCCUUUCAUCUACAGGUGUCAUUCCCAACCAUUUACACCAUAGUCUAAAACAAAUAGGUCUACGAAAAAAUCUCUACAUCUCCCUACAAAAGGCUGUUAUAACAUUCAAACAUACACACUGCACUUACUUGGUCACGUACCCAAAAUCAACUAAAACAUUUGACAAGCAUUUCGAAAGAGAUUUUGAAUGCUACAAGUAUGUGCUACUAAAUAAAAUAACAUUUAUAAUGAGUUUAUUUGAACAAAAUAAAAUAAAUUUGAAUCCACAGCAAGAUGUAAGUGAAGACGUUUCGAUAAAAAAUAAAGAGUUACAAGUUAAAGAAGUGAAUUACGAUGAAUUAUUAUCAUCAGCCGGUGAAUUUGGUCUUUAUCAAAUAUUGCUUUUCUUUUCAACAUUUCCAUUUUAUGUAUACGGUGCUAUAUCAUACUAUUCACAACUAUUUAUUACCGAAGUAUCACCAAACCAUUGGUGUUGGGUUCCCGAGUUGCAAAACUUAACAUCAGAAGACCGAAGAUCUCUUGCGAUACCUUUAGACAAUGGAGCUCACUUUGGAUAUUCACAGUGUACUGUGUAUGUAGCCAAUUGGACUGAAAUAUUGUUAACUGGUCAAAGUCCUAAUGAAACGUGGGCCACUGAAUCCUGCCAACACGGAUGGGAGUUCAACAAAAGUGAAAUACCAUAUCCGACAAUAUCAAGCGAGCUUGGAUGGGUUUGUGACAAAAAUAGCUAUCAAGCGACAGCUCAAGCAAUAUUCUUUCUUGGUUCAAUUACUGGAGGUUUUAUCAUUGGAUGGAUUGCUGAUCGUUAUGGUAGAAUACCAGCUGUUGUUAUUAGUAAUUUACUGGGAUGUAUCGGUGGCACUGCUAGUGUAUUUGCAAGAGACUUUAUUGAGUUCUCAAUAUGCAGAUUUUUUAUGGGAAUGUCAUAUGACAAUUGUAUGAUGAUGGCUUACUUAAUAGUCCUGGAGUAUAUGGCACCGAAGUAUAGGACUUUUGUAUCGUAUAUGGCAUUCGCUCUUCUUUAUGGUCCAGCUGCUACAGUAUUACCGUGGAUAAUUCUACUUUGUGGACAUUGGAAGACUAUAGUUUUAGUAACAAGUUUGCCAAUGGCAUUAGCUAUUUUGACUCCGUUAUUUUUACCAGAGAGUCCGAGAUGGUUAUUAUCAAAAGGACGCAUUGACGAUGCUAUUGAAAAAGUUGUAACAAUAAGCCGAAUAAAUAAAAAAGAAAUAUCGUCUAUACUUAUAGAGAAGUUUAAAAUGACUUCAUCUAAAACAAAAAUAGAAGAAGAUUCGAGUUGUUUGGAAUUAUUAAGAAGACCUUCAUUAAGAAGAAUGUUAAUUUUUAUUUGUUUAACGUAUAUAUGUUGUACAAUAGUGUUCGAUGGACUAGUGAGAGAUAUUAAACAAUUGGAAUUCGAUUAUUUCUUGACAUUUUCGAUUGUUUCAUUUACCGAGUUUCCGUCAAUGAUAAUCGCCGCGUUUAUUGGGGAGUGGAUGGGCAGAAGAUGGAUGACCUCGAUAUUUUUGUUUGUUAGUUGCGUAUGUAGUAUUAUAACGGUUAUCAGUGAUGGUUGGAUAUCGACACUAUUUGCUGUUGUAGCCAGAUUUGCAGUUAAUAUGUCAGGCAGUGCAACUACACUUUGGACGGCAGAAAUGAUGCCUGUUGCUGUUAGAGGAUCUGGUGCUUCAAUUGCGCAUAUCUGUAGUUACGUUGCAACCGUGAUUUCACCUUAUAUUAUUUAUUUGGAAACCUAUAUUUAUUGGUUACCAUACGUAAUAAUUGGAUGUGUAGCUGGACUUGGAGGUGUGAUAGCUCUAACUUUACCGGAGACUGUACGAAAAGAUAUGCCUCAAACUUUUGAAGAUGCGGAAGAGUUGAUGAAAUCUUUACGGUUUUGGGAUAUGCCAUUUCUAUCAAAGAAAAAAAGUAUUGAUGGCAAGAUAAAUGAAGGUUUUGAAAUGAAAUAAUGAUAUGUUUUCAUGCACAUAUAAAGAGAUAGCAAUCUAAUUUUGUUACUAGUUUUAUGCAAGCAUGGAUUGAUUUUGAAGACUUCUUUUUAUAGAUUGCCGUUUAUAUUAAGCUAUUAACAUUAUGAUGCUGUAUAAACCUACCGAUACCGUAUACUGAUAAACAUACCGGUAGUUAAUAUGAAAUUUAUGAGAUUUCAGUUUUUGUCGUUACCUUAUGGAGCUCAAUAUAUUAGUGUUGGACAUUUUUCAGACAAUGACCAGGAUUGUAAUUAUGAUAAAAACAAAAGUGAUUUUAAAUAAAAUUAUUGUGAUGG